AUGCUUGACUCGUGUGUUGAACGAGUUAUCUAUCUUGACUCAGAUAUUGUUGUUGUUGACGAUAUCUUCAAGCUAUGGAGUGUGAGAAUGGGUGAGGGUAAGGUUAUUGGUGCACCAGAAUAUUGCCAUGCGAAUUUCACCAAGUAUUUCACAGAUGAGUUCUGGGUUGACCCUUUAUUGUCACGCGUGUUUGGAGCAAGAAAGGCUUGUUAUUUCAACACGGGUGUGAUGGUGAUGGACAUGGUGAAAUGGAGGGAAGGGAAUUAUCGAAAGAGGAUUGAGAAUUGGAUGGAGUUGCAGAAGAAGAGGAGGAUUUAUGAGCUGGGUUCUUUGCCACCUUUUUUGCUUGUUUUUGCAGGGAAUGUUGAAGCGAUUGAUCAUAGAUGGAAUCAGCAUGGACUUGGGGGUGAUAAUUUGAAUGGGGUUUGUAGAUCUUUGCAUCCCGGGCCUGUGAGUUUGUUGCAUUGGAGUGGGAAAGGGAAGCCGUGGGUAAGGCUUGAUGAGAAGAAGCCUUGUCCUUUGGAUUCUCUUUGGGAGCCUUAUGAUCUUUAUAAGCCCAGGAGUUAUAAAGAUCAGGAGAUUCAACCUUGGACUUUUUCCUCUUCCAUUUUGGUUGGAUAUGCUCAUGAUUUGUUGUGA